AUGAGUAUCUCAGAAGGGAAGAUAGCAGACGUAGUAAGAGCACGAAAGGUUAUAGAGCCAAUAAUUGUUCAAGUAAGUAAUGUACAAUCAGUAGAGAAAACACAAGACGUAGUAAAAGCAAAAAUACAUGAUAAUAAAUACCAAAUUACUACUAUUUUCAAGCUCAAAGACACUGGCUUGUUAAAGAGAUUAAAAGACUUUAUGCUUAUUAAAGUUAUACAAGGAAGCGUUCAUGUUCCACAAAAUAUUACUAAAACCCUUGUUGUUGCAAUUUCAAACUUUGAGAUUGUUGAUGCAACAUUAAAAAAGUUUAUUAAUACACGUCAAUUAGAAAAAAUUGAUCAUUUAGAUAAAGUUGGUACUGCCCCAAUUGUGAAAACUGGAGUUCCUGUUUCACACCAACAAGCUGCACCAGCAGAUCUUUCUAAAGGAAAGGUUACACCCUUUUCAUUAUUGACUACAUUUGGUUCUAAAUUAAUUAUUAAAGGAAGAGUAGUAUCAAAGAAUGAUAAGUUUAAGUAUGCUAAAGGAAAUUUAUUUAGUUUUGUACUUCAAGACAAAGAUGGUGCUGAAAUUAAAGCCACUUGUUUUAACGAUGUAUGUGAUGAAAAAUUUGAUCAAAUUAAAGUUGGAGAAACUUAUUAUAUUACUAAAGCUGAUUACAAACAAAGUAAUGGGAAAGGAUAUAGAAGUGCUAAGAUGAUUGAUUUAGAUAUGAUCAUUGGUAAAUAUACUAUAAUUCAGAAAAGUUCUGAUGAAGUACCAAUGAUUAGUUCUAUUGUUCCAAUUGCUGAUUUAGUUGAAUCACCUGUAGAUGCUACUUAUGAUAUUUGUGCGUUUUUAGUAGAUAAGGGGCCAGAACAAACAUACAAAAAUGAGAAAGCAAAAGUUACAUUAACAUUUAUGGAUCAAUCAAGUUAUGCUGUUGAAGUAGAUUUUUGGAAUGAGGAUAUUGAUAAAACAAAAGAUAUGGAAAAUGGAGUUGUUUAUGUAUUAACUUCAUUGAGAUUACGAGAAUUUAAAUAUAAAACACUUACUGUUACUAAAGCCACUAAAAUACUUUCUAAUACAGAUAUUGAACAAUAUGAUGAAGCAUCUUUAGUGAAUAAGUUCAUUCAAGAACAUACUACUACUGAAGGAAUUACUGUAAGCGAUUUAAGAUAUCUUGCAAAUGAAACUACAGUAGAAUUUAAAGCAGGAGAUGUUAGAACAGCUGAUCAAUUGUAUUGUUUAAGAAAACUUGAAGAAAAAACAACUGAAACUUCAGAAGAUGUUAAAGCAAAUGUAUAUGGAUAUUUUACUAUGUUUAAAGUAGAUAGUGGAUUUUGUUAUUUAUCAUGUCCUGAUUGUAAAAAGAAGAUUGCUGAUGGUUCUACAUUUUGUGAAAAAUGUCAAAAAGAUAUUCAACCAAUGAGACGGUUUAUUGUUCGUGCAAGUAUUGCAGAUUCUACUAGUAGUGUUUGGGUUACUAUAUUUGAUGAAGAAAUGAAAAAAAUUAUUGGAAAAAGUGCAGAUGAAAUGUAUGAAAUGAAUGAACAAGAUUCAGAAUCAUUUGAAAAUCUAUUUAAACAAUUAACAUUUAUUGAAUGUAGAUUCCAUUUAGUAUGUAAAAAAGAUGAAUACAAUGGAGAAACAAGAACAAGAUAUACUGUAAAUUUCAUUCAAAUAUUAGACAGUAUUGCUAGUGGAACUGAAGAAAUGAAAAAUUUAGAAAGAAUGGCAAAUGAUAUGAAAAAUGGAAUUAUUGGAAUGGAGGAAGGACAUUAA